GUCUGCCGUUGCCGUGGCAACACAGCCAACGUUUACAAAGACGACGAGCUCUUUUUAUGUCCUUCUGCUUCUUUCUUUCUUUUUGUCGUUCUGUUGGUUUUUUGUUUCUUGCGGCCUCUUUCACCUGUCUCUCUUUUGCUGCCCUUCCCUUUUUCUGACCCUCUCAUUCUAUUUUGGUCUCUGUCUGGCUUUCUGUUUGGCUAUCUUUGUCCUUGGCUCUUUUUGUGCAGUCUCUCUCCUUUCUUGCCGCUGCUGUCUUUCUGUCUGUUGUUGUUUUUAUCUGUCCUUUUCUCUCUCUCUCUCUCUCUCUCUCUCUCUCUCUGGAUGGCGCCAAAAGCGUGUCUGCAUUGCGUCGAACCCCCCCGCCUCCCCUCUGCCUCUUCCUCUUCCUCCUCCUCUUCGUCCUCCUCUCGGUCACACCACGGUACGCUUCAGACGAGCCGAACCGGAGCCGCGUUAGGCUGAGGGAUCCGGUCCUUCUCGCGCGUCUCGGGGUGCCGAGGCUCCGGCCGGUCCGAGGGGGAAGGCGAGGACGAGCCGACGCGGCGGUUUGGCCGGCCGACCGACCGGCCGACCGACCGGCAUGCGGCUCCGUCGUCGGCCGACGCCGACGGGAGCGGGAAGGCGACACCUCGACGACGCGGCGCCAUGAAUAUUUCAUCCGGCGGAAAGAAGAGCGCGGCGCCCGAGCGAGCGUGAAGGCGAGGAUGGAGGGUCAGUAGGAGCCCGGCGCUCGGACCCCGCGCCCCCGCCCGCCCCGGGAGGGGGGGCCCUCUCCUCCCCUCCCUCUCCUCCCCUCCCCCCGUCAGGAUGACGGUGGCGUCCGGCGACAACGCCGACGAGUGCGCCACCUUGCCGGGCCACCCUCAGGACGAGGAGCGCGACGGGCACGAGUGCUGCGAGCGCGUGGUCAUCAACGUGUCGGGGCUCCGCUUCGAGACGCAGCUGAAGACCUUGGCGCACUUCCCGGACACGCUCCUGGGGAACCCCAAGAAGCGGAUGCGCUACUUCGACCCGCUGCGCAACGAGUACUUCUUCGACCGCAACCGUCCCAGCUUCGACGCCAUCCUCUACUACUACCAGUCGGGCGGGCGGCUGAGGCGGCCCGUCAACGUGCCGCUGGACAUGUUCUCGGAGGAGAUCAAGUUUUACGAGCUGGGCGCCGAGGCCAUGGAGAAGUUCCGCGAGGACGAGGGCUUCAUCCGCGAGGAGGAGCGCCCGCUGCCCGACAAGGAGUUCCAGCGGCAGAUCUGGCUCCUCUUCGAGCACCCGGAGAGCUCGGGCCCGGCGCGGGGCAUCGCCAUCGUCUCCGUCGUGGUCAUCCUCAUCUCCAUAGUCAUCUUCUGCCUGGAGACGCUGCCCGAGCUGAAGGAGGACGCGGGCGAGCGGCGGCGGGCGGCGGCGGCGGCCGGCAACGGCACGGCGGCCCACCGCGUCGACAUCCUGGGCGACCCCUUCUUCAUGGUGGAGACGCUCUGCAUCAUCUGGUUCUCCUUCGAGCUCCUGGUGCGCUUCUUCGCCUGCCCCAGCAAGACGGCCUUCUUCCGCAACAUGAUGAACUCCAUCGACGUGGUGGCCAUCAUCCCCUACUUUAUCACGCUGGGCACCGAGCUGGCCGACGACCCCGAGGGCGGCGGCGGCGGAGGCGGCGGCGGCGGCGAGCAGGCCACCUCGCUGGCCAUCCUGCGCGUCAUCCGGCUGGUGCGCGUCUUCCGCAUCUUCAAGCUCUCGCGCCACUCCAAGGGCCUGCAGAUCCUGGGCCAGACGCUGAAGGCCAGCAUGCGCGAGCUGGGCCUGCUCAUCUUCUUCCUCUUCAUCGGCGUCAUCCUCUUCUCCAGCGCCGUCUACUUCGCCGAGGCCGAGGAGAAGGAGUCCUUCUUCACCAGCAUCCCCGACGCCUUCUGGUGGGCCGUGGUGUCCAUGACCACCGUGGGCUACGGCGACAUGUACCCCGUCACCAUCGGCGGCAAGAUCGUGGGCUCGCUCUGCGCCAUCGCCGGCGUGCUGACCAUCGCGCUGCCCGUGCCCGUCAUCGUCUCCAACUUCAACUACUUCUACCACCGCGAGACCGACGGCGAGGAACAGGCGCAGCUUCUGCAGGUGGAACGGCGGGACUCGGACGACGCCUCCCGCCGCGACGACGCCUCCUCGCUGCUCAGCGAGUCCGACUACGCCGACAACAGCAUCGACAACUUCCGCGAGGCCAACCUGCGCGCCGCCAACUGCGCGCCUCCGCCGACCGGACGCAACUGCGUCGACCCCCCCAAGAUGCUGACGGACGUCUGAGGAGGCGCCGAAGCCUUUUGCGUUCUCCCUCCUUUCCGUGACGGUUUUUUUUCCGCUUUCAUCUCGCUGACCCGGGAGUCAAGUCGGCUCGGGGAUGUGCAAACUUUGGAUUUUUCCAAGAAAAAGGCAAACGUUUGUGGAUGAGGUGAAAUUUGGGAAAAAGAAAAAAAAAAAAUCAAAUGUGCAUGUGGAAAUAAUAUUUAUUUAGGGUACCUUUCAGAUCAAUUGGCCAACGCUUUCACGUUACUCAUAUUUUUGUAUUUUAUUUUUGAUAAAUCCGUGAUCUAAUUGCUACACGGGAGGUACGUAUCAACAGAAAAGGGUCGAGUCCGUCGCCGCCGCGUCUUCCGUCAACUACGGGAUCCAGAAGCGCGACAACGGGUCCGCCGAAUCCGGGGCCAAACAAAUUCGGCCUCUCCGACUGGCAAAAGGAGGAUUUAGGCGGAGCUCCUCCCUUUGUUUUUGUUUUUUCACCGUGUGGGUGGAGGAAAAGAAGCGCCGAGGUUUAUUUUGCAAAUAGCGGGAGGACGCCCGUCACCCGUCGGCUCACUCACUGCCAUUGACGUCUAAUCCUUUCGAGAUUUCCACUUCAAAAAGUGUGUUUGUUUGACAAAAAAUUUUGCACUUCAUUUAGGAAUGAAAACAAUGUCAUUUUUACUGUCCUUGGGGUUUCAAAAACAUGUUGAUUGACAAUUGUGUAACGGUGUUUGGGCAAAUCAAUCACAGUUAUUUUGAUAAGGAAAGCAGUCUUCAUUUGAGUCAUCCAAUUCUAAUCGACCCAUUCUUCAAUAAAAUACAGACAUGUUUCUUGUUUUAUCUUA